AUGACAAUACCGCCUCAUACGUCGCACAGGACCCAACCCCUGGAUAUUACAGUUUACAGUCCCUUGAAAACAGCUUUACAUAAAGAACGUGAUGCCUAUAUGAAACUCCAUCAAUAUGAGAAACUAACGCCACUGCAAUUGAUUCCACUGUUCACUCAAGAGUAUUUGAAUGUAGCUAAUGCAGAAAAAGCACUUAGUGGUUUCCGAGCAUCAGGCAUUUGGCCCUUCAAUCCAAACGUUUUCAGUCAAUUGAUACAAGAAGGAAAUGAUAACGCUUCUGACAGGAUUUCCGCAGAACAGGCUAUUGUAGAUAUAAGGAUGGAGUCUGAAAAUGUGGAAGCAUCAUCUGCUUUACUAGACAUUCCGAUGGAUUUUAAUGAGAGGUCAUAUUUAGUACCUACAAAUGCAGGACCAAAUGAAUCCGCUGAUGACUCACGCCCUUCAACAUCAGGAAUUCAAAAUUCGUUACUUUUUGAAAAUCCAGAACCAGAGAUAGCUCAUAAUUCACUUCCGUCAAAAUCUGCAACUCAGACAGAAAUUGAGCAUGCCAAACGACAACUUUUUGUGACUCCUGUGGGAAAUAAAACACCUGAACACGUAAUACCUUUUAGUGAAAUAUCACCAGCUCCUGAAAGGAAACACAUUUCAAAAGGGAAAGGUAUAGGUAAACGGACCAAACAGCAAUCAAAAUUACUUACUUCGACGCCUAUGAAAUAA